AUGAUGAUUUGUUUCUUGCAUAAGUUUUUUUUUUAAAACCAGUUUACAAAAAAAAUAUUAUCUUAUAAUAUCUAACAAUAUACCGAAUAACAAUAUAUUUACACAAGCGCUUAGCUUAGAAGGAAAGCAAAUUUCAGUAAUUCGCUAGAAUGUCUAUAUAAAAGACUUUUAGAAGAAGGGGGCCUGUGAGGUCUGUAUUUGAAAUGUCGUAAAGAGUUAAAUCUGUAUGCAAUAUUCUUAUUUUGUCAAGUGCUCCCCAACUGUCAGUUACGUUUGGCGCUGUAUUUAUUAUAUCAUUGUAUUAAUUGAAACUCACAGCAUUACCAGUGAAUGGACAACUUACCAAUGCUAUUGCACUUCUGUCAAAAUUAAGUGUAGGGUGUGGCUGGCAAGCUAUGAUAGUUUAUACCACUGAAAUAUACCCUACUGUUGUCAGAACGAUUGCUUACGGCGUUCAUAGCACAGCCGCUCGAGUCGGUGGCAUGGUUGCACCACAAAUUGUUUUCUUGGACGACGAGAUACCAGGGAUUCUAUAUUUUCUCAGUGGUGUGCUGAUGAUGAUCUCAGCUGUCAUUAUGAUGUUGUACAGGGAAACUAAAGAUGCUGUGCUAGAAGAUAUGUUAGAUGUAGAUAUUAAAGUAGACGGCAGAGAAAAAAUGGUUGACAAUUUUGAAACAUCGACUCAUUUGUAAUGAGACAUUCCAAGUGGUUUCAAAAGCACUGGUUAAUUUUUUAAACAAAAACGCCUGCUGUGAAUAUUUUAUUUUUUAUUACCAAAACAGACAUUUACACACGUAUGUGUUUAUACAUGAAAGACUGUAAUAACAAAGAGCCCAUUCUAGAUACUCAGGAAACAUUUUGCAGAGAACCAACAGUGCAUAUCAAGAUCUUCGAAUUGCCUU